UCUAUGGGAUAGUCAACACUUGGCAUCUCUGUGCAUGUCACAUGGGAUUUAGCUUCUGUCUGGGGUAUACGAUGUCUAACCAACAUAUAAUGAUUAAAUAUUGACUUAUUUCUCGUAUAUGUCCUGUUUCUUUUUUUUAACGUGGUAUUCAAGUAACAAAAUAUAGCUGUUGUGCGUUGCCACACUUCUGUAUUAGAUCACAACUGCAAUACCUGUACAAACCACCCAGCUGACGCGCAUAUGACAUUGUGGAAUACUGGCCUUGGUACAGCUGAAGAGCGCCCUACAGCAGGCCUCUGACGGAGCUGGAAAAUCAGCACGCAGAAAACAUUUCCGCGUCUUGCGAAAAUGACACAGAUUCGAAAAGUGGUAUUGAAUUCCCGUCCAGGGAAAAAUGGGGAACCUGUUCCAGAAAAUUUCCGAGUUGAGGAGGCAUGCUUGCCAGCUGACCUUAACCCAGGACAUGUGCAGGUCAGAACGCUUUACCUCUCUGUGGAUCCCUACAUGCGCUGCCGAAUGAAUGAGGACACAGGAACUGACUACCUGUCACCAUGGCAACUGUCUGAAGUUGUGGAAGGAGGAGGUGUUGGGAUAGUGGAGGACAGCAGGCACGAUUCAUUCACAGAGGGAGACACCGUGGCCUCCUUUUCCUGGCCGUGGCAAACCCAGGCAGUUUUGGAGGGGAAACUACUACAGAAGCUGGACCCCCAAUUGGUAGAUGGGCGCCACUCCUAUUUUUUGGGUGCAGUGGGCAUGCCUGGGCUUACAGCACUACUGGGAGUAAGAGAGAAAGGUCACGUGACUCCAGGAGCCAAUCAGACCAUGGUUGUCAGCGGUGCUGCUGGAGCUUGUGGUUCCCUGGCCGGUCAGAUCGGCAGGUUGGAUGGCUGCUCCAAGGUGGUGGGAAUCUGUGGCUCUGAUGAGAAGUGUCAGGUCCUGGUGUCAGAGCUCGGGUUCAAUAGCGCUAUCAACUACAAACGGCAGGAUGUGGCUGCCAGGCUUAGGGAGAGCUGUCCAACAGGAGUGGAUGUUUACUUUGACAAUGUUGGUGGAUCGAUCAGCGACACUGUGAUAGCACAGAUGACUGAAGGUGGUCAUGUGAUCCUAUGCGGCCAGAUCUCUCAGUACAACAAGGACGUGCCCUACCCCCCUCCAUUGCCCGCCAGCACACAGGAAGUGCUUCACACCAAGCACAUCACCAGGGAGAGGUUUACAGUGCUGAAUUACACAGAGAAACAUGAAGCAGGGAUGCUACAGCUGAGCCAGUGGGUCAGAGAAGGGAAGCUGAAGGUCUUGGAGACUGUGGUGAAAGGGUUGGAUAACAUGGGUGUGGCUUUCCACUCCAUGAUGAAAGGGGGUAAUGUGGGGAAGCAGAUAGUGCAUGUGUCCGAGUAAUGCGGCAGCACCCCCUUGUGGUGAUGUGGAGACAGUUCAUCUGACCAAUGUGAUUAACGUGAUCCCUAGUAUGGUCCAGAUUUGUGAAUCUUUUCUGCAAAAUACUGAGCCCCAGUGCCUUUCAGGUGGACGGUAUUAUUAUCUGAAUAAUGCCAAUUUGUUUCCUAUACUCUGUCAUUGUCACUUCCAAUUUGCUGUAUCUGCCUGGUAGUCUCACUUCCUUUCACUCCCUAUCCCUUUUUGCAUUUAGCGUCAGUCUCAUCUAAUCAAGAUGCUUUUUAUUGUCUCUUCAUUUUCACUCCUACUCCCUCCACUCUCAACCUGACGUGGUGCAAUUUUUUAAAAUCUCAUUUUGAUGCACAGUAACAUGAAACAACUCUGACUACAGGUCUACAGACUAAGGUGUGUGCACUAUGCAUCAGCUGCAGAGUCACUUACAACUACGUCUCACCCGAAAGACGGAGCACAAGGAGGUUAAGUGACUUGCUCAGGGUCACACAAUGAGUCAGUGGCUGAGGUGGGAUUUGAACCGGGGACCUCCUGGUUAUAAGCCUGUUUCUUUAACCACUGGACCACACAGCCUCCUACUGUUCUCACACUAGUUAAUUCAUAAGAAUUAACAUAACAUUCUAACACACAAUUUAAGAAACAACCUGUACCAAGCUUUUAAAAUCCAUUUCUUACCUGUUAAUCACUGAUCCGUUGUAUUUCAUAGAUGCAGACAUUUAUUUCAAAGACAGUACCUGCUACUUCCUGGUAACUAUCACUUCAUUUGCUGUGGUUGAAGAUCAUUCCAGUGGUCUCACUGCAGUCAGACCAUGUGACCCAUUGCAAGGUAUCAGGAUGCAGCAGUUUAUCAAGUGUUGUAUAUUAGCAUUUUCUGAAUUAGUCCAAAUAAAUAAAUUAUGUGAUGAUCCAAAUCUGGGUUGGUUAGGUAGAUACAAUUUGCUCGUUGCUAUUUCUGAAACCAAUGCUUAUUUUAACAACACAUCAUUAUAUAUAUAAAAAAGGAGUAUUUUAUCAGUUUUGUUGAUGGCAAGUGUAAACCAUGAUGAGUUAACUGUCAAACUGAAUACAUUAUUAAAACCUGUGACUAAUAACCAACUCUACUGUGAAUGAUGCCGAUAGGCUUGUUGCCAAUUAUAUAUGUAAGCUACAGCCACACAAGCACUGUAUUACCAGCCUAUGACACAACAUUAAAUAAAAGAUUAUGGUGCUGCCACAUGUCCUUUGUAAUGGGUAUGGCAGUGACAGGUUUUUUUUUUUUUUACUGAAUUCAAGCCCAUGUAAUAUCGUGAUAGACCAAUGAGGAAACAUGUCUAAAACAAUAAACCAUUUGGUUGGG